AUGUGUGACCAGCAGCAGAGUCAGUGCUGCGUGCCGAUGCCCCAGUGCUGCGUCAAGGGUUCCUCCUUUGGCCCCUCCCAAUUCUCCAGUGCCAAUGGCCAGGUGGUGGUCCAAGCCCCUUGUGAGGUGCGAAUUUUAGAAUGCCCUGCACCGUGCCCAGUUCAAGUUUCCCAGGCUCCGUGCCAGUCUAAGACCACCCAGGGAAAAGGCCAGGCUCCCUGCAAGACUAAAACCACUCAAGUGAAAUGCCAGGCUCCAUGCAAGUCUAAGACCCCUACCCAGGUCAAGGGUCAGGCCCCUUGCCAGAGUCAAGUCUCCUGUGUGCAGUGCCAGGCUCCGUGCCAGCCCACCAUCUCCUACGUGCAAUACGAAGUCCCUCAGCCCGCUCAGACCUGCUAUGUAGAAUGCGCUCCUGUGUAUUACACAGAAACUCGUUACGUGGAGUACCCGAUGCACACCACCUACGUACCGGCUCCAGUUCCGCAGGCUGUCCCUGCAUACGUGCAAUGCUCCCCCAUGGGCCAGGCUCCAGGGAACUUCUCCAGCCAGGGCCAGUAUGGGGGCUCCUACGGUAGCUGUACCCCUCAGUUCCCAUCUCGGGCUUCCUACAGCAGCUGCGGGCCCCAAUUCCAGCCCCAGCGCCAGUCCCAGCCUUCCUACAACAGCUGCGGGCCCCAAUUCCAGCCCCAGCGCCAGUCCCAGCCUUCCUACAGCAGCUGCGGGCCCCAAUUCCAAUCGCGACCUUCCUACAGCAGCUGCGCACCCCAGCGUCCAUCUCGACCUUCUUUUAGCUCCUGUGCACCCCAAUACCAGAGCCAGGGCUCCUACGGGAGCUUCACCGGGCAGCGUCGGUCUCGGAGCACCGGCCGAUGCCUCCCAGCGCCGCGAAGGCUGCAGCCUCCCUACCGCAGCUGCUCCCCGCCGCUCUGCCGCCCCGAGCCCGGCUACGGCAGUUGCCUCGCGCCACGGUGCUCGUCGGGCUCCCCCAACUACUGCACCCCGCCCCGCCGCUCGGAACCCAUCCACGCCAGCCAGUGCCCCCCUCGGGGCCGCCCUUCCUGCGCGCAGAGGUGCGGGCCCAGGUGCAGAAUUGAGAUCUCCUCGCCCUGCUGUCCCCGGCAGGUGUCCCCGCAGCGCUGUCCCGUGCGCAUUCCCCCAUUCCGAGGCUCCUCUCAGAGCUGCGCCCCGCGGUCCUCCUGGGGCACCUCCUGCCCGGACCUCAGGCCACGCCCGCUCCCCCGGUCCUGCCCCCCUCCGCAGUGUCGGGAGCCGCCGGCGCCCAGAUACCCGCCGCGCGCGCCACGGCCCUGCCCACGCCCGGAACCGCGCCCGUGCCCCCCACUACGGCGAUUCUCAGAGCCCAGUCUGGGGCCGGAGCCGUGUGCAGCUCCGCGCCCAGCUCCACGGCCGCGCCCCAUGCCGUGCGAGAACCCAGAGCCCCCGAGACCGUGCCCGCAGCACUUCGAGCCCCCGGAGCCCCCGCGACCAUGCCCGCAGCACUUCGAGCCCCCGGAGCCCUGUUCUCCUUCCCGGCCCAUCCCGCUCCCAGCGCCGCCCUGCUCGAGCUCGGAGCCCUGCGGCGGAGAGCCUGUCCUCCGCUGCCCCAGCCCCUGCUCCGGCUCGAAUCCCAGGCCGUACCCAGGAGACCUAGGCUGUCAUGAGUCCAAUCCAUGUCGCCUGGACACUGAAGGCCCCUGCUCGUACAGUUACAACCAGGGACAGGAGGGCGGUUCUGGCUGCGGAUCUGGAGACGUCUUCCCAGAACCCCAGGGUCCUGGGGGCUGUGGAGACCAAGACAGCAGCUACUCUGGGGUGAAUGGAGGGGGUUACUCUGGGGUGAAAGGCGGGGGCUUCUCUGGGGUGAGUGGAGGGGGUUACUCUGGGGUGAAAGGCGGGGGCUUCUCUGGGGUGAAGAGUGCGUAUUUUUAA